AGUAGAUCUCGGUGUCCAUUUGCGUCGCCAGUGCGUUGCAGCUUUAACCGGUCCAUCAUGCCUUGCGGUGUCCCAGUUCAGUUCCGAUGCAAUUUACAACAAGCUCUGUGGUCCUCCCUCACAGAAGAUCAGAGCAGCAGGCUAACGGACAGAGCGGCAGAUGUUGAGAGCCCCAUGUCGGAUGUCCAAUGACCGGAUGGACGCAUGUUUACAUCCACGGGUUUUAAAGGCGGGGACGUGCGCACAGAUCUGAUGCAGGCGCGGAGCAGCGCGGAUAAACAGAAUCUCCCGCAUUUAACCCGCAUAACAUGCAACGCAAAGUACCGGAUUUGAACCCGGAGAGAAAUACUGAGGCUAUCGCACAACAGAGUUUCAAAUGCCCUGACACACAGUGAUCUACUGCUGAAAACAGGAUGGACAGUUUGUGGUGUGGAGGAAUGAGGGCCUCUGGAUGAAGGCCAUGGAGCUGAAAGUGUGGGUGGACGGAGUGCAGCGCAUCGUGUGCGGGGUCACGGAGUUCACCACAUGCCAGGAAGUAGUCAUUGCUUUGGCACAAGCCAUUGGACGCACCGGCAGGUAUACUUUGAUCGAGAAAUGGCGUGAGACAGAACGUCACCUGGCUCCACAUGAAAACCCUGUAGUGUCCCUUAACAAGUGGGGUCAGUAUGCCAGCGAUGUCCAGCUCAUCCUCCAGCGAACCGGCCCGUCUGUUAGCGAGCGGCCCACUUUUGAUGUGCCGGCUCGCGUCCCAGAGCGUGGCUUCUACCGGCAGAGUCUGCCACCUCUGGCCAAACUCCGCCCCUCAGGGACAGACCGCUCACUUAAACGAAGGGAACCCAAACGCAAGUCUCUGACCUUCACUGGAGGGGCUAAGGGUCUGCGGGAAAUAUUUGGGAAAAGCAGAGAUGCUGAAGCCAAACAGCCCCAGCAGCGAGGUGUGAGUUUGAACCUGAGAAGGGUUGGAGGUGGUGGAGUGACUUCUUUACCUGGAAGUCCAGCCAGAGAGCUGAGCCAGCUGGUGCAGCUGCAGAGAGACAAUCUCCAGGCACUGGAGAGCCGUCUGCUGGGCUGCGAGGCCGAGCUGCGAGACUGGGACGAGGCCACCGGCAUGGCUGAUGAAGGAGAAAACUUGGAGGGGGAGCUGCUGCUUUUAGAGCAGCAGGUGAGGAGGAACGAUGCAGAGAUGGAGGAGGAGGAAUUCUGGCAGAACGAGCUGCAGAUCGAACACGAGAGCGAGCGUCAACUGCGGCAACAGCUAGUGAAGCUGCAGGGCUGCGUACGCGACUGCGAGGCCAAGCUUUCAGAGUACCUGGCACACAUACAGAGCAUGGAGGGAGGCCUGGAGCAGGAACGGCUGCAGCAGGAGGCCGAGCUCAACCAGAGGGUCAAUGAGGAGGAGGUGCAAGACCAGCUGGAGAAAGUGAGGGCCGAGCUUGAAAUGCAGAGCCAACACACAGCGCGGCUAGAGAGCAGCUGCAGGGCGUUGGAACGCUCGCUAGGCCAAUCCAGCCAGAGAUUGCAGGAGAAGGAGCAGGAGCUGGAGCAGCUGACAAAAGAGCUACGGCAGGUCAACCUGCAGCAGUUCAUUCAGCAGACUGGUACCAAGGUCACCGUGCUGCCUGCUCAACCUACAGGAGAAAACAACAACGAUGGGGACUCUGGCUCACUGAAACGACUUGGCUCUUCUCGGCUCUUGCCCAGCAACCUUCGCACUCUUCAAAGCACCAUGUCCUCCAGCCUCAACCCUGAGGGCAUCUACGUUUGACCCCUUAAACUGUGCGGGAGACAUUAUUUUAACAGCAGGGUCGGCCUGAUGUUACUAGGGCUGUUCAUGCUGGAAGGCCCCAACACUUGACUCCCCAAACUGCUGAAAUGCUCUUGAGCAAGGCACUGAAGGAAAGUGUGGAGGAUGUUGGCAAAACCAUUACUGGGAGGAUGAGUGGGAUAUCACAAAGAACCAGUUCUUGCAUCUGUUUUGCAUCUUUGCUGCUCUGCCUCCUGUUUCAUCAGGGCUGGGACUCACACUGAUGUCAAUAUCCAUUUCCAAACUAACAUUUAAUCUGUUAGUUCUCCAAUGGGUGAGCAGUCUACUAAAAUUCUCAGAAUAAAAACAAACAAACUUCAAGCCAGCAGAUGCAUUUCUGUUGUGUUAGAACAGUUUAGAUAAACUUUAUUUUUGUUGUAGGUCAUGAACUGGAGGAUGCAAAGUUUGGAUGCAUCGGACAUGUAAAAAAUAAUCUCUGCACGAGCAUGCACAAACUGACACCAUAUCUGUGCUAUAACCAUAGCCAUAUCUGAUUGCCUUACUCUGGUGUUUUAAAACCAGACGUCAAUAAUGUUCAAACCGAACUCAAGGUAGCUACUGAACUAUGCGCCAUACAAAUUUGAACAUACAUACAUACAUACAUACAUACAUACAUACAUACAUACAUACAUACAUACAUACAUACAUGCAUACAUACAUGCAUACAUACAUACAUGCAUACAUACAUGCAUAGAUACAUACAUACAUGCAUGCAUACAUGCAUAGAUACAUACAUGCAUACAUACGUACAUACAUACAUACAUACGUACAUGCAUAGAUAGA